ACAGAGAAAGUCAACGCCCAGGACACUGUCCUGGAGCCGCCAUGGCUCUUUCUGGAGAACGCUGGGCCUGAUGAGGCCUGGGUGGGGAAGGAUCUAGAAGACAACAAUGAAAAGGAGAAAACUGUGACUGAAUCUCAAAGUGGCCUGAGGUGGACUACAUUCUCUGUGGCCCCGUGCUGGUCGUGACCUGUGUGGGGAGAAGCCGGGGCCAUUUCUCUUCUGGAAGUUUGGAGGUGGACACUGAGUGGUCCCAGCUCACCUGGGCUGGCUGCUGCGCAGAUGUUGGAUGACAGAGUCAGGAUGGAGGCUGCCAAGGAGAAGGUGGAGCAGAUCCUGGCAGAGUUCCAGCUGCAGGAGGAGGACCUAAAGAAAGUCAUGAGGCGGAUGCAGAAGGAGAUGGACCGUGGCUUGAGGCUGGAGACCCACAAGGAGGCCAGCGUGAAGAUGUUGCCCACCUACGUGCGUUCCACCCCAGAAGGCUCAGAAGUUGGUGACUUCCUCUCCUUGGACCUGGGUGGCACCAACUUCAGGGUGAUGCUGGUCAAGGUAGGAGAAGAGGAGGCAGGACAGUGGAGCGUGAAAACCAAACACCAGAUGUACUCGAUCCCGGAGGAUGCCAUGACAGGCACCGCGGAGAUGCUCUUCGACUACAUUUCUGAGUGCAUCUCUGACUUCUUGGACAAGCAUCAGAUGAAGCACAAGAAACUACCCCUGGGCUUCACCUUUUCCUUUCCUGUGAGGCAUGAAGACAUCGACAAGGGCAUCCUUCUCAACUGGACCAAGGGCUUCAAGGCCUCUGGAGCAGAAGGGAACAACAUCGUGGGACUUCUGCGAGAUGCCAUCAAAAGGAGAGGGGACUUUGAGAUGGAUGUGGUGGCAAUGGUUAAUGACACAGUGGCCACAAUGAUCUCCUGCUACUAUGAAGACCGCCAGUGUGAGGUCGGCAUGAUUGUGGGCACGGGCUGCAAUGCCUGCUACAUGGAGGAGAUGCAGAACGUGGAGCUGGUGGAAGGGGAUGAGGGACGGAUGUGCGUCAACACUGAGUGGGGCGCCUUCGGCGAUUCAGGCGAGCUGGAUGAGUUCCUGCUGGAGUAUGACCGCAUGGUAGACGAGAGCUCCGCGAACCCCGGUCAGCAACUGUACGAGAAGCUCAUAGGCGGGAAGUACAUGGGCGAGCUGGUACGGCUCGUGCUGCUCAAGCUGGUGGAUGAGAACCUGCUGUUCCACGGGGAGGCCUCGGAGCAGCUGCGCACGAGAGGGGCCUUCGAGACGCGCUUUGUGUCGCAGGUGGAGAGUGACUCCGGCGACCGCAAGCAGAUCCACAAUAUCCUGAGCACACUGGGGCUCCGGCCCUCGGCCGCCGACUGCGACAUCGUGCGCCGCGCCUGCGAGAGCGUGUCCACGCGCGCCGCGCACAUGUGCUCCGCGGGGCUGGCCGGGGUCAUCAACCGCAUGCGCGAGAGCCGCAGCGAGGACGUGAUGCGCAUCACGGUGGGCGUGGACGGCUCCGUGUACAAGCUGCACCCCAGCUUUAAGGAGCGGUUCCACGCCAGUGUGCGCAGGCUGACGCCCAGCUGCGAGAUCACCUUCAUCGAGUCGGAGGAGGGCAGCGGCAGGGGCGCGGCCUUGGUCUCCGCUGUCGCCUGCAAGAAGGCCUGCAUGCUCGGCCAGUGAGAGCCAGGCCACAGGCUCCAUGGGGACUUGGUGCCUCGCAGGUGCUUCCAGCCCUCCAGGGCAGGAGGCCUUCUAUCCCACUGCCACCACUGGAACACAGGGAGAGGCCCCUGCAAGCUGGGAAGGCCUCUUCUCUCUAGUCAGUCAGUGGAACAGCCCCAAAGCCCCACACUGGGGCAGGGAGCUGCAAGGAGCAGGAGUAGAGAUGCCAAAGUCUUUCUACUGAGAAAGGAGGCGUUCACUCAGGACUAGCAUGACCACACUUCCUGCCUUUCUCGAUUGUGAGCCUGGCCUGACCCGGCCCACCUCCUAAGGGGAGUGCCCUCUGGACGUUGCUGUGGCCUGGCACCCCUGGGAAUUCAUCCUGCAUGGGUAGCUGGCAGCUCUGGCAGCUUGACCAGACCACACCUGUGCCCCCCUCCACCCUCCCAGAGGUUGGGCUGCUGCUUGCUCGAGCCUGGUGGUGUUCUUGGCUGAGGCUGAGGAGACAUUGGGAGAAGGCCCAGCCGCACGGAGAGGAUGCUCAAGGCCACAGUGCCUCGAAGAGACCCUUUCCUUCCCAUACUCCCGCCCUUUAGUGGCAUGUGGUCCUGGGAUGAACCCCUCCAGCAGAUGCCAGAAGACAGACCCUCCAAGCCCCUCCCCAAAGGGUCCAAGAGAGGGGAAGAGGUCCACAUUGUGCCGUGUGAAACCUCUCACUCAGGCAAGAUGAAGUCUUCAGCUCUCAUGUCCUCGGUCCAGGAAGAAGUCCCAAACAGUGCUCAGCCCUUCCAAGGGGCUGCGCAGGCCCUCCCUCAUCCCCAUGCAGCUUCCCACAUUCCACACCACAACUCUCUAUGCCCACCUGGGACUGAGCGGAGAUUUUUAAUUAAAUAUUUGAAAAGACUUAAA